AUGGCAUUGGAGCUUAUACCUAUUGGGACCAUCUUGGCCGUGCUAACAAACCAGGUCAUUAAAACAGCUCAGGCUGCUAAAGAUGUUUUCGAAAAAGAGAGUUUCAAGGUCCUGUCAAAGCACUUGUUUGAUAUUGAACUGGUCUUAAAAGAAUUGCAGCUUCAAGAACUGAAUGAUUCUCAAGCUGCUAGGCUUGCUUUGGAGUCCCUUGAAACAGAUGUUAAAAGGGCUAACAGUCUGGUUGAGAAGUACAAAAAUCGAGCUCGUUUCUACUUGUUUGUCAAGUGCCGACACAUAGUCAAGGAGGUACAAGACGUUACCAGGGAUAUUGGUAGGUCAUUGGCUGCUCUAUCCCUGGCAAAUACUGAAGUUUUAUCGGGGAUAUCUGAUCAGGUGAAUAGGUUACAGAAUGAGAUGCAAAGAGUGGAAUUUGAGGCUUCCCAGUCUCAGCUCCAAGUUUUUGACAAGCUAAACCAGGGUCUUAAAGAUCAGACCCUUGACCAGGGUUUUGCAAAUGACAUGCUUGCAGAAAUAGCUAUGGCAGUUGGAGUGCCUUUAGAACCCUCAGAGAUAAGCAAAGAGCUAGCAGAUUUCAGAAAGGAGAAAGAAGAAGCUGCCAGCAGGAAGGAAAGAGCUGAAGUUUUCUUCUUAGAGCAGAUUAUUGAGCUGCUCUCUCGAGCUGAUGCUGCAAGGGAUUAUGAAGAAGUCAAGAAGCAAUACAAGCAGCGUGUUCAGGCCAUAGAGAGAUAUGACACGAGCGAAGAGUAUAUUCAACCACUCAAGCCUUUUAUUUGCUGUAUAAAAGGAACUGUGAUGGUUGAACCAGUCAGCCUUUCCACUGGUACUACAUGUGAGAGAGGCGCCAUCAUAGCUUGGUUUGACAGUGGAAAGAGAACUGACCCGGAAACACAUGAGGUUCUUGAAGAUACUUUAUGGAGAAGUAACCUUCCAUUGAGGCAAUCAAUAGAAGAGUGGCGAGAACUUAAUUACUGCCUCAAGAUAAGAUCUUCCAAGGCAAAGUUGUUAUCAGGUGUUGAGACAUCCAUGUUAGAUGCCUUAAGCCAAAUGCAAGAUCUUAUGCGAGAGAAUUCUAUUAACAAGGACUGGAUUAUGAUUGAAGGGCUCACUGAUAUUAUAAUCUCUAUCCUUGGAAACUCUCACAACAGAGAUGUGAAGAGGAAGAUUUUGAUCACCUUAAAGGAUAUUGUAGAAGGGCAUGCAAGAAACAAGGAAAAAGUGGUUGAAUCCCAGGGGUGGGAUCACAUUGUUCCCUGCUUAGGCCGUGACUCAAGCAUCUCAAAGGCUGCAAUUGAAUUGCUAUAUGAAUUGUUGCAAGACAGAUCUGGUUGGAAUUUGUCUGUCUGCAGGAAACUCUCUCAACAGUGCAGUACAAUUCUUUUCCUCGUUUAUACCCUUUUAAAAGCUAAGUCUGGCUGGUAUAAGCCACUUAUUGAUCGCAUAGUUCAUGGGACUGAAACUUCAAGGUUAUCAAUGGUGAGAACACUUGUUAACAUGGAAUUGGUCGACUCAAAUUUGAAGCUCCUCGGUGAGGAAGGGGUUAUACCUCCUUUGCUUGAAAUGGCAUCUGGCAAUAUUGAAGCAAAACAGUUGUCCUUAUCUGCCUUGGCUGAAUUGUCAAGUUGUAAUACCAACAAAGAGCUGGUUGCAGCUUCUGGUGGGGUUCAUCUUGUUCUAAAACUAGCGUUCUCUCCCCAUGUUCGCUCAAUCAUUGUUGUUAAAUGUUAUGAAAUCCUGGAAAAAUUCGCUUCUGAUGCUGAUGGGGUUAAAUUCUUUGUUGAUGAAAAUGGGAGCCAACUCGAGUUAGAGCCAAUUGUCACCAAUUUGAUUGCGUUACAGCAGAAUCCCAAAUUGGCCUACAAUGUCCGGAGGCCUUCCUUGCGCACACUACUUGGAAUCUGCAAGUUUGAUGCAGGGUUGGUUAAAAAGGCGGUUGUCACUGUUGAUGCCAUAUCACUGGUCCUUCCUCUUCUUGAUGACUCCGACUCCGAGAUUCGAGAGAUUGCAAUAAGUUUGCUUUUCCUCUUCUCCCAGCACGAGCCUGAGGGGGUUGUUGAGUACCUUCUCAAGCCAAGAAGGCUGGAGGUUUUGGUGGGGUUUCUUGAGAAUGAUGACAAGGAUGAUGUACAGAUGGCUGCUGCUGGCAUAUUGGCUAAUCUGCCGAAAUCAGAAAAAUCACUAACUACGAAGUUAAUUGAAUUGGAUGGACAUACUGCAAUCAUAAACAUUUUAAGAACAGGGACCAUGAAAGCAAAAGAAAAUGCUCUAAGUGCUCUUUUUAGGUUCACAGAUCCCACAAACCUGGAGUCGCAGCGUACACUGGUUGAAGGAGGAGCAUACCCUUUGCUUGUAAACUUUCUCAGGUCCAGCUCAGUGACUGCAAAGGCAAGAGCUGCAGCUCUGAUUGGGAAUCUUUCCACAAGCAGUCAAAAGCUCGCUGUUGUGUCCAAACCAUCCGGAUGCUGGUGUUUCAAGCCAUCGGGUGCUCCUGUUUGCCAAGCACAUGGUGGCACCUGCAGUGUCACUUCCACAUUUUGUGUAUUGGAAGCAAAAGCUUUGCCUGACUUGGUAAGGCUCUUAUCCGGGGAGGUUUACGAAACUGCCAUUGAAGCAAUUCAAACUCUCUCCACAUUGGUUCUUGAAGCCUCUCCUCAAAGAGGAGCCAAUGUCUUGCAUGAGGCUGAUGCCAUAAAGCCUACAUUGGAGAUCUUGACUUGGGGAACAGAUUCUCUCAAGGAAGAGGCAUUGAGUCUACUUGAAAAGGUUUUCUUGUCAAAGGAGAUGGUUGAAUUUUAUGGAUCAACUGCCAGAUUAAGUCUUGCUGGUCUAACUGGCAGUAAUUUUCAUGAGGAUGGUCGUCAUAGGAGGAAGGCUGCCAGGGUCUUGUCACUCCUUGAACGUUAUUCAAGAUCAUCUACAUCUAUUAUUCCUGGGCUGUAUGGCUAA